AUGAAGCUGUCUCUAGAAAAACCUGUUAAACCCUCUCUAACUGUUUGCAGCUUUUUCUUGUCUCCUGAGUUAAAUUCUUCUGACAAAUGUGACAGAGUUCAGAUAGCACCUGUCCAUACCCUCUUAGAUUAUAUCGGAAUACUGGUCUCAGUCAGAGAAGAUGAGUUCAAUGAUGAUAUCCAUGUCAUCUAUGUGCCUGACCUCCUACUGACAGCAACUAUGACUAUAACUCAAGGUCCCCAAAGUCCAGGCUCUCUGCCAGGAGACAGUACUCCUGACAGAAAGCAGGUGUCUGAGCGUGGGUCCUCUAAGGCUCCCAAUGCAACCCCGCAAGUUACAAUUCAUAGACUUGGCAGUGCUCCCCUCUCAGCGUUAGAGAGGCAGAUCUUUGACUUCCUUGGCUUCCAGUGGGCACCUAUUCUUGGAAAUUUUCUACAUAUAAUAGUUGUCAUAUUGGGUUUGUUUGGAACUAUUCAAUACAGACCUCGAUACAUCAUGGUGUAUACAGUAUGGACUGCCCUCUGGGUCACCUGGAAUGUGUUCAUUAUCUGCUUUUAUUUGGAAGUAGGUGGGCUCUCUAAGGACACAGAUCUCAUGACAUUCAAUAUCUCUGUACAUCGGUCAUGGUGGCGAGAACACGGGCCAGGGUGUGUCCGAAGAGUGCUGCCCCCUGCAGCCCAUGGCAUGAUGGAUGACUUCACCUACGUCUCCGUCACAGGCUGCAUCGUUGACUUCCAGUACCUGGAGGUCAUCCACAGUGCCGUCCAAAUAGUGCUCUCUUUGGUUGGUUUCGUGUACGCCUGUUAUGUGAUCAGUAUUUCCAUGGAAGAAGAAGAUACUUUUGAUUUCAUAGGUGGACUUGAUACACACUCCUACUACCAGGAUCAUGUUGAGUUAAAGCCUGUUAAACCUGUCGAAAUAAGUAAUGAAAUUGAUUCUGAAAUGCGGCUGCUGAACUUGACUUAGGAAGCAAAGCACCGUUGUCAACACCUCUGUGGAUCCGCCUCGUCUCCCAUUCCUUUCAGAGGUUGGACUGGGCCUCCCUGCUUUCCCACAAAUCACCGAGUGCUUCGGUCACAGCCUAUGUUUUAUUAGCAUUGUUCACUAGAUGAGUUCUAGGUGCUUGGGUGGGUAUUUUUUUAGUCAUUUUUCUUCUUAUAUGAACACUUGUAAAUUGUAGAAAGAAAAUGAUUUUUAAUUUUUUCACACUAUUUAAUGUGAGGCAUGCAAAACAAAAAAAGUUCUGUGAAAAACUUCUACAGUCUAUUCUAAGAGAAACAUCAGUGUGUGUUCUUUUGAGGUGUUAAGUCAGUAUUUCUGGCUGCUGAAGUUAUUCUAGACCCAAUGGAUUUACAUUCACAGACAUUACCUAUGGUUAUCAGACACAAAGGCUCUGUGAUAGCUGAUAAAUAGGUACAAACAAGAUCCCGCUUCCACACUGAAUAUAGAUAGAUUUUUCAACAAGACAUGGAAUCUUCCUUUUCUCUCAACUUCUCAAAACCCAGAACUAAGUUUUUAUUUAUUUAUUUUUUUUUUGGAUUCAUGUCUGACAUCUUUUUCUUCUUAUAGUCAGGGGGAAAGUUAUAUUUAUAUUACAUGGACACAUAGAAAAGUGAAAUGAUCCCUAGAAAUCCUCUCCCCUGUGGAGAGCAUAUGGGUAUCCCUGAGAUCUGUAUUAUUUAUCCCACUCCUGACACCCAGUGACAUCAGACCUAAACACACAACUAUGGGCUUAUGGGACAGAAACCACAACCAUAAAUCUGCAAGCAGGAACUUUACUCUUAGGAGAU